GAAACAUAAUUGGGAAAGAUUUAAAUGAUUAAAUGUUUCAUCUUGUGAUUCCCACCCUCAGAUUGAUUAGAAAAAGCCAAAAAUCUAGAUUGCAAUUCAUCAAAGCUUCUGAGUAGUUCCAUUAUAAAUACCGUUGCAAAAGGCUUGUGAGCAAUAGUGAAACGCCGAAGUAUCUUUUUGCUAAGCACAAAAUGUAUCAGUUUUUAAUUAUUGUAACUCUUUUCACUUUUGCAACAUCAAGUGUUAUUUUGACCGACAAGGAAUGGACACUGUUUAAGGAAACUUAUGGGAAAGCUUAUCUCAAUUCCGAGGAAGAAAAUUAUCGAAAGAAUAUUUUCAAUGUAAAUUUGAAGAAAAUAAAACUCCACAAUGAAAAGGCCAUUCGAGGUGAACACAGUUAUCAAUUGGGAAUCACAAAGUUUGCUGAUUUGACAGUCAAUGAAAUGAAAAUGCCUGAGCUAGAAGUGGAACCACUUUCAUUAGAUGUUGAAAUUCAUCAUAAAUCGUAUUUUAAAGCUCCAGAAUCAGUUGAUUGGAGAUCAAAAGGUAUCUUGACUCGAGUUAAAAGUCAAGGUAGUUGUCCAGUUUGUUGGGCCUUUACUGAUGCAGCAGUAAUCGAAGCAGCCUAUGCCCAAGCAACCGGUAAAUUGGUUGAUCUUUCAGUACAAGAUAUAUUGGACUGUUCUCCUGAAUCAAAAGGCUGUUCUGCAGGGAUUAUAAGUACCGGUUACGAUUAUGCGAUGAGUAAAGGAUUACGUCUAGACGAGUGUUACCCAUAUGAAUCACAUGAUGACCCUUUUGGUCAAAAGACUUGUAAAGUCAACUCUGAAUGUGAUAGGAUUAAAAUAUCUGAUUACAUAUUCAUUCGGAGGUACAACGAGAAUGCCCUUCGUGAUGCUGUUGCUGAGCGUGUUGUCGCUGGAUAUAUUGACGCAACUCUGGACGAUUUCAAGUUUUACAAAGGAGGAAUUUAUAAUAAUCCUGAUUGCCGUAAAGAUGAAGUUUCACACGCGGUUCCAAUAGUCGGCUAUGGAACUGAAAACGGAACUCCUUAUUGGAUCAUCAAGAACAGUUGGGGUGAAGAUUGGGGCGAAAAAGGUUACGGACGAAUAUUGAGAGGAAACAAUACUUGUGGCAUUGCUACUUAUAACCCAAGUUACCCUUUACUUUAAUGCUCUUUUAAAUCAAUGAAAUGUCAACCAAAUACUAAUUUAUAUUUUUGUCAUUAAAACUAGACCAAGCAACCACCAA